AUGAGUCCACAAGAAAAGGCUCGACCCCGGGAGAAUGUCACGAUACUCUACGGCCAUGAGCUCAAGAAUGCGCCAGGAAAGUCCAUUGUGACUAUUGAACUGGAUUUCCCUCCAAACGGCUACACUCCCCCUCAUCGGCACAGCGGAGCCACCGUCAUUGCGCUCGUGACUGAAGGAAGCAUCUUGAGCGGUAUGAAUGGGAACCCGCCCAAGGUGUACCAGGCAGGAGAACACUUUUUGGAGCAGCCUGGUUGUCAUCACACAGUGGGAGAGAACAAUAGUGCGACUGAACCAGCCAAGGCGAUUGUGACCUUUAUUAUCGACACGGAGAUUGUCAAGGCGGGUUAUGAAAACCUUACAGUUUUGGACGAAUAG